AUGGCCAACAUCCCUUCUAACAGUGACCGGCCACAGGGUGCGCCAAGGCAGCGCUCAGGGAGAGCUUGCAACAACUGCAGACGAAGAAAGAUGGGCUGUGAUCGACGAGCUCCUUGUUCCUCGUGCAAAGAACAAGGGAUUGAAUGUAGCUUUGAUGCCCCAGCAGCACCACGUGGUCCCAAGAGGGGAUAUAUUGAAGCUUUGCGGUCCAGAAUAGUGAGCCUCGAACAAAGACUUGAAGAUGCUGGCCAUGGCCAGGGAACCCAGCCAUACCAACAGCCGAGUCCGUCUUCUGAUGGGCGUUCAUCUGUGGACAUGUCAGCGUUCGACUUGAGUGGUCUCGAAAUGCCUUCUUCCGCAUAUGAGGAUGCCAGUAGCAGCUCCAACGGCUUCCCCAUGGAUUUCAACAUGGACUUGGACAAUCUGACAGACAUGAAGAAUGCACCCAUGUUCAUGCCUGAAAGCUUUCCGACUCCAUACAUGAUGCCGCAGUCGGAUGAAGAAGCGAUCAGAACUAUGAGCAUGUUUGAGAUGCCCAACGAGCAGCCAAUGCCCGCCUUGUCGACAUCGUCCCGGUCAGGAUCGAUCUCAUCACCUCCCAUGCCUUCAACGCCUGGCCGUCGACAAGUUAAUCUGAGUGAAAGCCAAUGCGCUGAAUUGGACCAAGUCUUCUUGGUGCUGACAGGCCUUGAUAGUGACCGAGUACAUGCUUCCGCCCCUAUGCUACACCGCACGCGAUACACAGCGUGGUCUCGCGCAUCGCGAAAGAACAUCGACCAGCACUGCUUACAGUACGCGAUGUGGGCUGUCGCCGCCACCGCCGCGCCUGGGUGGGAGUCUCUUCGCGAUCUACUGUACCGGGAGGCAUGGCGGCUCCUCGGCGAGCAGGAUAUAGGUGACAACAAGCCAAACUCAGGUGGAGUGCACAUUGAGACAGUCCAGGCUUGGAUUCUGCUGGCUCAUGGCGAGUUGAUGCAGCGGCAUGAGCGUCAAGCUUGGGUUGCGGCUGGUCGGUGUCUUCGGCUGGUCCAUCUCAUGCGACUGUUCGAACUCGAUCGGACCACAUCAUCGCCGCCGACGCCGCCAAAGGAUUGGGUGGGGCUGGAGGAGAAGCGUCGGACGUUUUGGAUGGCAUUCAUCCUGGACCGCCUGGUGAGCACCCGGGAGGCUCUGCCGCUGACUCUGGGCAAGCAGAAGCUCUCGACCCGCCAGCCCAUCCCAGAAGCCGACUUUCAAAAUGCCUGA